ACAACACAAGUUCGUCUUCAUUUCCGCAAAACCGUUGAAAAGAGGUUCGGUUCAGGUUAUCUUUUGUUUUAUCGUAUCUUCAUCAUGAAGUUCCUGGAGUACACCAACCUUGACAGAUUGAAUGUGUUUAUGGGUCAUCUAAAUCUCGGAGAAAGAACUAUCAAAGGUUGCCUUGAAGCUUAUUCUUGUAAACAUGCUGGAACUGAUAAAAGACUGUCUCUUAGUUUGGAGAAUGAGAUGCUGGAUUAUCUUGGGAAAUCUUCUGACACUGACUCAUCUUCACCUGUUGAUCUCUUGUUAAGCAGAUCUAGUCGAAAGGCUUUGAUCUACUUGGUUCUUACACUCUAUCAGAUGUAUCCAGACUACGAUUUCAGCGCUGUGAAAGCACAUCAGUUUUUCUCAGAGGAGAGCUGGGACACGUUUACGCAGAUCUUUAACAACUAUAUGUUUGAAGCUUCUAAGGAAUGGACUGAGAGGGAUGAGGAUGGUUCCCUACUUGAGGCAAUCUACGAGGCUCUUGAUGAGGUUGUGAAACUAGCUGAAUGUGAGAUAUAUGUGUACAACCCUAAUCCCAAUGCUGAUCCUUUCCUCGAAGAAGGAGCAAUAUGGUCUUUCUGUUUCUUAUUCUACAACCGGAAACUGAAACGUGUUGCAGGUUUUCGUUUCUGCUGCAUAAGUAACCUGGCAAAUGAUGCGUUUCUAGCCGACACGCCACCAUAUGGAGAGGAUGAAGAGAUCUUUGACGACAUGGAUAUGUGAUCUCUCUAUCUUCAAGUUGAGCUGCACAGUCUGUAGAAAAUCUGUAUAUCAUCGAUGUUUAGAUGUUAUGCUCUCUAGUUUCUAGGCUUGUGAAUCCAAGUCCAAGGUUAAGCUCUUCGCUUUCCUUUAUCUGUGUAGUUAACUUAUGUAUACUCUGUACCCCUGUCAUGUGCAAUAAGCUUAUCAGACUUUGUUGUAAUCUAGUGUUCCUAAAUAAUGUGACAAAAAUGUUGAGAUUUGUUUUUAUGCUCUCUGUCUCCUUCCAUUCACCAGUAGUCACCGCAAGAGCAAACUCCUGCAUGAAAAUGAUGGAACCGAUUCAUAUCUCGGAUGACAAGAUCUCGCUGAACUAUACUUGAUAUCACUUUCAUAGCACUGUGGCAAUCCGAGCAUAUCCGUAGAUUCUUGAUGAUCAAUAUUCGGUUUCUUGAUAAUGGCAUUCGAACAAGCCCAAAGGCUA